ACAACCCGCAUCGAUAACGAUAGAAUUCAGUAGAUAAAUUGAAAAUUUCAUGGCAUAUAUAAAAGAAUGUGGCUUAGUUCUUUUAUCAUUUGUCGGUGUAGCCACAAGCAAUGAGGAUGAAGUGGUUAGUGAUUGUCUUUAUGUUAAUCUGUGCAAGUAGAGCAAGGCAACUUGUGACACUGGAUGAAACUGAAACGUUGUUCAAGAAGUUUGUUUUGAAAGAUUUGAACGACCAAGAGGUUUCAGCCCUACAUGAGCUGUUUGAAAUUCUUCGCAGACCUAAUCAUGUACCGGUUUCACGAAAACAACAAACAGAUUACCCCACACCUCGAAAUGGCUAUUUUCGAAAUCUAGAAUGCAUCGCAUGCCGAAGUAUUUUCAGUGCAUUAUUUGAAGGUGUGGCUGCAGGGCAGUCUGAUGCAGAAUUAACAGAAACUAUAACCGUCCUUUGUGAAUCUCUGGGGAUCCAAACCCAUAAUGUGUGUAGCGGAGCUAUCGCGCUGAAUCUGCCAAUAAUGAACUACAUAAUUCGCACCACCCCCGAGGCAUCUCCACGAACGUUUUGCGCGUUACUUCUACAGGACUCCAUGUCUGACGCUUGCCCCCACGACGACCCACGGUUUGAGUGGCAAGUGGAUCUGCCACCAGUUCCCGAUAGCGUAGCCAUACCAAUAAUUGAACAAAGGCCUCUGAAAAUAGCUAUCAUCACAGACGCUCACAUCGACCCCUUGUAUGAGGCGUACGGAGUCGCUGCCUGCGACGAACCCACCUGUUGCAGAGUGGGCCAAAAGCCGGCUCAACGGUACCGGCAACAACGAAAAAUUAGCGAAGAUUUGUAUGAAAAAGCUCUUGUGGAUUGUAAAGGUGUAAAGAUGCUUAACAUUAGUGUAGCAUCUGAAAUGCGACGUCAGAGGAAAAUGUACUAUCCAACAACGAUUAAGCAAAAUGAACCACCCGCGGGAUAUUGGGGAGACUAUCGCAAUUGUGACACGCCUCUAUGGGCAUAUGAUGAUGUUAUCGACAGAAUUGCCGAAACUCAUCCGGACAUCGACAUGGUCUAUUACGUAGGCGACACCAUCGACCACGGAGUUUGGGAAACAUCAUAUGAAUUAAUUGAUGAUAUGAAUCGUCAUUUGAUCGACAAGAUGAGAUCAUCUUUUGGUGAACAUGUUCUAGUUGUACCGACUAUUGGUAACCAUGAAGCCCAGCCUACUAAUCAAUUUGCACCCACUCGCGUUGUUGGUAAUCUCAAUACAACUUGGCUGUAUGAAGCCUUGGUAAACAAAUGGGGCCCGUAUCUGACUGACGAAGCCAAGGCUUCGCUUCUUGAACGAGGGGACUUCUCAGUAAGGCCAAGACCUGGACUAAAAGUUAUUACUUUGAAUAACAAUAUUGCCUACAGAGAUAAUUGGUGGUUAGUUUAUGAUCCUCUGGACUCCAAGAAACAUUUAGACUGGCUGGUUCAAGAGCUCUACCAAUCUGAACUGGCUGGAGAAAAAGUCCACAUCUUAGCGCACAUACCGCCAGGGAGGCACGAUCUAAUACAUUCGUGGUCUAGGGAAUACAACAAGAUUGUGAAUCGGUUUUCAUCGACAAUCGCAGCUGAAUUCAACGGCCACGUGCAUUCGGACCAGUUUAAGUUAUUCUACAGCUCUUCAGAUGGUUCCCCAAUAAAUGUGGCUUGGGGUGGCGGCGCCGCCACAGCCCAUACCUUCUACAAUCUCAAUUACAAAAUCAUGGAUUUCGACAUAUUAACGUUCGAACCCACGAGCAUGCUGUGUUUCUCCUACAACGUAACCGAAGCAAAUCUUACGCCUAACAGACGUCCACACUGGUUCCAGCUUUACGACUUCAAGAAUUCAUUCGAUUUGAUUGACCUUUCUCCUGCGUCCAUCGAUAAAUUGGUACACGCCAUGUCAUCUGGUGGAUACUACUUAGAUCUAUAUGCAGCAUACUAUUCUAAACUAAGUGACGCACGUUGGCCCGUCUGUGAUCAUGAGUGUAAAGUAAAUUACCUUUGCAACAUUGUCAUUACAGAACUUUGGGAUCGUCGAAAAUGUGAAGAAAUAACUAGAUUGUAUAUGAGUAGACUACGUUAA